AUGGUGCAAGCAGUCGUUCACAAACGCAUUGACAAGCAUAAAGGCACAUGUUUCACUCUUUCUCUUACCUAUCAAUCUAUCUCAUUUUCUUCAUAUCUAUCUAUCUAUCUAUCUAUCUAUCUAUCUAUCUAUCUAUCUUUCAAUCUAUUCUCAGUCUCUUCAAAUCUAUCUAUCUAUCUAUCUAUCAUUUUUAAAUCCGACUUUGGCAAGGGAAUAUUAUUCUAUCUAUCUAUCUAUCUAUCUAUCUAUCUAUCUAUCUAUCUAUCUAUCUAUCACAGUGACUAUUCAUAUCUAUCACAGAGACUGUUCAUAUCUUUCUAUCUACCUAACCAGCACAAUCUAUCUAUCUAUCUAUAUCUAUCUAUCUAUCUAGGAACAGCACAAAGCGUUUUAUACCAUUGUUUGAAUCUAUCUAUCUAUCUAUCUAUCUAUCUAUCUAUCUAUCUAUCUAUCUAUCUAUAUCUAUCUAUCUCUGCCCGUCUAUCCGUCUAUCUGUGCCUAAAUUUUGACGGAAAUACAUUUAUAAAUACGAAAUUGUUUGCUAUCUAUCUAUCUAUCUAUCUAUCUAUCUAUUCUAUAGAUACAGAGAUUUUAUCUAUCUAUCUAUCUAUCUAUCUAUCUAUCUAUCUAUCUAUCUAUCUAUCCACGUCUGCUCAAAUAUAUUUAUCUUUUAAAUCUCUUCCGUUCUAUCUAUCGUUCCAUUUUCCUCAGUGUGUUCUAAUCUAUCUAUCUAUCUAUCUAUCUAUCUAUCUAUCUAUCUAUCUAUCUAUCGACACGUGGCAACAUUUUAUGUUAAAUAUAAUUUCUCAAAUAUAUCUAUCUAUCUAUCUAUCUAUCUAUCUAUCUAUCUAUCUAUCUAUCUAUGUGACUCUGUUCAUAUCUAUCUAUCUAUCUAUCUAUCUAUCUAUCUAUCUAUGUGACUCUGUUCAUAUCUAUCUAUCUAUCUAUCUAUCUAUCUAUCUAUCCUAUCUAUCUAUCUAUCUAUCUAUCUAUCUCUCUCUCUCUCUCUAUCUAUAUAUAUAUAUAUAUAUAUAUAUAUAUAUAUAUAUAUAUAUUCAUCUUUACAUCAAACUCCAUUCCUUCCUUCCUUCCUUCCUUCCUUCCUUCCUUCCUUCCUUCCUUCCUUCCUUCCUUCCUUCCUUUCAAUCAUUUCCGGUAUUCACUUACAUCUCUUUCUUUUUUUGGCCAAUAAUUUUUCAUUUUUUUUCUUUCACUUCCAUUAACUUCCAUUUCUUUUUUCUUUCUUUCUUUCUUUCUUUCUUUCUUUCUUUCUUUCUUUCUUUCUUUCUUUCUUUGGUGUUUUGCUUAAUUUAUUUAUUUCUUUUUAGCCCCCAAUUUUCAUUUUUUUUCAUUCAUUCAUUUUUGGAAAGAGCUUCUAUUUCUUCUUUCUUUCUUUCUUUCUUUCUUUCUUUCUUUCUUUCUUUCUAG